AUGUCGUUCCUUUAUUCAGCCGUCAAGGCUGGUAUUGAGGCUCACCGAGACUUCAACAACUCCGGCCCUCCCACCCCACUCAUGCGUGAGAUGCGCCAGCCCAAGCGAAGCCUCAUUUACGGCCCCGCGUACGACCUGGUCACAUAUCUUGAGACCAAGACGAGGGGGAAGCGUGUGACCCCGUUCGUAGACGGCGCACCCAUAUCCCCAGCGGGCUCCAGCUCGUCCGAUGUCGAUUAUGGAGUGCAGCGGUCGUCAUCUACAACCGGAGCACAUCGCCGGGCUCCAGCUCUGAGCGAAAUCAUCGGACAGCCAAUUGCUCCACCUGUAGCUCAAGCUCCAACUGAGUCGCCUACACUUUUUGCACCGACAGCCCCGCCAGUCAUGUCAGACCUUCCUCCUGUCCCACAAUCGCAAUCACGAGCGUCCACUCCUAUUCCUCUAGUUGUUGACACUUCUGGGCCGUCCACAAGUGCCUUUGGCAAUGAUGUCAAAGAAGCACCUCCAGCAUACCACGAUCAUGCUGACGACGCACUCCUGAUGGGAGGUGGAGUCCACCCGAAUGCCCCGGUCAAUCCACGCCGCCCUCAACAACGAAAGACACUGGGUCUUACCAACCCAGACGAUGAUCGAGGAAAGUAG